UUUCUCUUGUAAAAACAAAUUAAAAAUGGUGAGUUUGAAACUUCAGAAAAGGUUGGCUGCAAGUGUCCUCAAGUGUGGCAAAGGGAGAGUGUGGCUUGAUCCUAAUGAAGCCAAUCACAUCUCUUUAUCCAUUUCUAGAAUGGGCAUAAGAAAGCUGGUAAAGGAUGGAUUGAUAGUGAAAAAGCCAAGCACAAUCCACUCAAGAUCAAGAACAAGGCAAGCCCAUGAAGCAAUGAGAGAAGGGAGGCAUUUAGGGAUUGGAAAGAGGAAGGGAACAAGAGAAGCAAGGCUUCCAUCAAAGGUUAUGUGGGUGAGGAGAUUGAGAGUACUUAGGAAAUUGCUUUUCAAGUAUAGGGAGCUUCAUAAGAUUGAUAAGCACUUGCACCACGAGCUCUACUUGAAGGUCAAGGGAAAUGCUUUUAAAAACUAAAGGGUGCUUUUGGAGACUAUUCAUAAGUUAAGGGGUGAAAAAGCAAAAGAAAAAUAUCUUUUUCAUCAGUUUGUAGCCAAGAAAACACAAUAAAUAUGGUUUGUAAAAUGUCUUCUAUUGUUAAAUAUGUAUUAGUGCUUGCUUUCCAGUGAAAAUUAUUUUUAUAAUUUUUUUUUCUAA